AUGAGUGAUGCUAAUGAAGACCCAUCAAGAGAAUGCAUGGGAGAUUUCUCUAAUGAAGCCAAUGAAGAAGAUGUGAACUACAUUGGAAACUAUGGGAACAAGGGAUACAAUCCAAGCUAUCGCCCAAACCCCAACAUGUCUUAUAGAAACCCCAAUGUGGAGAAUCCUCAAGACCAAGUGUAUCCUCCAAGGUAUCCACAACAACAAAGACCUCCUUACCAAUCUCAAGGAAGUCAAUUUCAGCCAAGGCAAGGAUAUGAGCAGAGAUCAUCAUAUCCGCCCAAGGAGCCAUAUGCUUCUUCACCAAAUCAAGCUCCUCCAAACCAACAAGGUGGGAGAUUUGAAGGAAUCCUCCAACAGAUCAUGGAUGGCCAAAGAGAAACACUAAAGAGAUGUAUGAGAAGAUGGACACUUUGUUCAGCAAUCUCAACACCAAGUAUGAUGCUGUUGCCACUCAUGUGA